AUGGCUGACGAUGACUUUGACGACUUCUCCGACAAUGACCUCGACGACCUUCCUGCCAACGCCCUCGAGCACCUCGAGGCAAGCGCCAUCAGGGCGACACAACACCAGCCCGGCCCCGACCUAGAGUCCGACUACGGCCUUGAAGACGGUGACGAGGUAGUCAAUCUCGACGAUGCGUCUGGUCCGCCGCGCGCUUCGCCAUGGGUAACGCAUCAGGCGCCUCAGUACACACAGCCUCAGCAGGACUACGAAUACGCUUACAACAACAACUACGACCAAAACGGCGACGAGCAGACAUAUGAUGGCUCCAUGGAAGUGGAAGAGCAGCCACGUAGAUCGCAGGCCGAUCCGAACGCGCUGCUCCAACGCAUCAAGAAGUUAGAGCAAGACAAGGCGCGUGAGAGAAGGGAAGCCGAUGAGCUGAAAGGGAAGCUACAGACAAAGUCGGGCGAAGCUGAUACCCUUCGAAGACGCUACGAUGCCGAAAGUCGCAAACACGAGCGCCAGCUGGCCGACCAGCAGCAGUCGCACAACACUGAGCUGGCCAAACUGCGUGCAGAGAUGGAGAAGCUGCGGCGGGAGAAAGAGUCGGUGCAGACAGACAACAUGUUCAACCAGCAUGAGGCAAGAGAGACUGGCAUGGUGCGACGGCCUGGAAAAAUCAUGCCAUCAAGACCAAAGUCGGGUCCCCCUGUCAUCAGUCCAGCAGGCACGCCCAAGAGGGGGCAGAAGACAAAGGGCCCUUUGGGCGAUGGCUUCGAUGAUGACGAUGUCAUUAUGGCGUCGCCAUCGAAACAUCGUGAAAGGCAGAAGACAGCGACACCCAAGCAGGCCGGCAAGAGGAAACGACAGGCCAUCGACCAAAGCCCCAUACCACUGCCUGCGCUACAGCUGAGCGAACCACGAAGUCGGCCAAGAGAAGAAGAGCCAGCACCAGUCACAGGACCUAUGCUAGACGCUGCACUGCUCGAGCACUUUCGACGUGACGAUCGACGAUUCACCCUUCUACACCGCCUGCUCUCACAUCCAUCCUCGAAUGGCACAGAUCGCAUACUCGAAGCACUCACACUCCAUGCAUUUCCGUCUCAGCCAUCUAAAAAGCUAUCUUCGAUCGUAUAUGAUGGACUAGCAAAGCUAAACACGGCUAAUGUGCACGAACUAGCGCUCCAGAUAUGUCAUAUCUUCCUUGACCUAUGGAAACGGUGUCAGACUGAGAAGUACUAUGCUCCAAUUUCGUUGAUACUCGAUGCGCUUCACUUCAUUCUGGCAUGUGAACCGAUCGAAACUGCGGUCAAGGUUACUGAGCGCGUCGUGCCGCUCAUCAUUGCUUUUGUUGAUCUCGUAGCGGACCCCAUCUCGAAAGCAGCCAAAGGAGGUGAGAAGGCUGUUGCCGACCUCUACUCCCAGAAACAGCGAGAGAUUGCGUCUCACAUUGAUGUUGAGGAUUGUCUUGAAUUGCUUUACCUCAUCGCAAGCAGCUGCGUGUCUUCGGUAGACUCCAGCGCAAUAGUACGCCUGUGGCAGGCGAUACCCUCGACUUUCGCCAUUAUGCUCCUGGUCAAAGAGCAGCCACAGGCGCAAAUUACGCUCAUGUUGCGCAUACUCGGUACUUCGGCACGUCCUACCUCAGUAGGCCCCAUAACGACUGCAGACUCCCCUCAAGACAACCAAGCAAACAAUGAAGACGCCCUCAUCAACCGCCUCACCAAUCUCUUCACCGAGAUACCCAAGCCCGUCCCCGACCCUGCGGCAUCUCCCAGCACGACCACAGCAGUCUCCGAAGCAGAUCUCUGGGAACUCCGCCUGCUUGUCAUCUCAGUACUGACGCAAUUCUCCGUUUUAGAAUACGGUUCCGGCCGUCUAGCCCAGAAUCGUCUCUGUGUAGGCCGACUGAUCAAGUACCUCGAUCACUGUGUCACGAGUCUCUAUCGGCAUCCCAUCUCCCCGACUCAAGACCGGAAAGUUGAUUCUAUUAAUGCGACAAUGAAACUGAUUUACCACGUCGCUACGACGAAUGCAAACUUUGAUAUCAAAAGCAAGUUGGUGAACACACUGGGUGGACAGCAUGCAUACCUCGUUGCACUCACGCGCUUGGCUUUCAGUGAGGGGUUGGUGCUAGAAGCGGGAAUUGAGGACGAGGUCGUCAAUAUGGCGCAUGACAUCCUAGAUGAGGGGCUGAGUAUGGAGGAGGGAGAUGCUUUUGGAAAGGUGUUUAGCAGUGGAAGCACUGUCUAG